UCAAUGAUGAUGCUACGUGGAGCAGUGUCGGGGAUACCACAGUGGUAGUUAUGGGGUGUCCCCCCUCCCCCGACUUUCUCCUCCCCUCCCGAUACCACGGCGUGCUGGUGGUAAUAGUCACGGUCAUAGUAUACAUCCCUGUGGGAGGCCAACUGCAAAGCUUUGGAGUUUUUGUGGAAAAAUUAAACGAGGAUUUCUGUCCGUUUGACUGUCUGCAGUUAUUAUCGUGGAUCGGCGCCCUGUCAUUCGGCAUUAAUCGGCUUUUCUGCUGGCUGAUUGUCUCUCUACAGAAGCGUCUGUCAACAUGUCUGCUUUUCUUCGUGGGCGUCAUCUUGUCGUCUGCCGCCAUGACCCUGUCGUCUUUCAUCACAGAUCUGAGCUGGUUGUUUAUCACGUACUGCGUCGUCUUCGGCGUCGGAUCCAGCCUCGUUAUGAACUCGCCUUACGCCCUCAUCGAGAGUUACUUCCCUUCGUCACAUAAGUACCACAUUCUGGCAACAAGUCUGAUGAACGUUGGGAGUCCUGUAGGAUCCAUGUUGAUGAACCCCCUCAGUGCCCAUCUGGAUCGGGUGGCCCCAGACACGUGGCGAGAUACCAUGAGAAUAUACGGGGGAAUUAUGCUCGUUGUGGGACUAUUUUGCAACAUCAUCAUGCGGAAAAAGACGGAAAUACCCGAAGAUGAGAGGACGCCCCAACAGUACGAAGAUUUAGACGGAAGUACGGGUCAUCCCUUUGUCGGGUGUUCAACGGCCCUGAUCACCGACACUUGCCUUUGGACAAUGGGAAUCUUCCUCCUGUCCUUCGCCAUCUACGUACCUAAAGUGCACUUCAUGCAAUACAUGGAAUCUAUCAACAUGGAUCUAGGCGUAGCGGCCAUGUGUAUGAGUUACGAGGGGAUGGCGGAAGCCGUAUUGAGUUUCGCCACGGCUUUCUCAGGUGACUUUGUAGGUCGCUACCUGUUAUUUGUGUACGUGUUGAGUUGUUCGGUGAUUGCGGUCUGUGUUGGACUUCUCACUCUCGUCAGAAACCAGGGUCUUAUCGCUGUGUACUGUGCUGUUCACGGAGCUACUGACGGUAUCACCAUGACGCUGCUGUUUUCGGCAACGUCGUUAUUAGCUCCUUCAGGGACCGUCAAGAACUACAUCUGGGCCGCCACGUUUUUUGUAAAUGGUCUUGGACAAAUCCUGGGUAUACCUCUCGCAGGGUAUAUCUACGACAGGACCAAGUCGUACAACAUAGUGUUCUACAUGGCAGCUGGUGUCUUCAGUGCAGCUGCACUCACGUUCCUGGUGCUGGCUGUGAGAGUGAGACGUCAUCAGACCGAGUACCCCUCGACACAGCCCCAGGAGCUCGAAAUGACACCAGUCGACAACACGACCAAGUCGGCGGAGGACCCGGAUAACCAAGAGAAAGAAAAGACUAAGCACUGACGUAUAUUUCUUCAAAGAUAUAAAAAUUUGUGAUAAUCCUGAGGUUAGGGGUACUGAAGUUUCUGUUAACUAGCAACCAUCCAAAGUAAUAUUCCUUCUUGAUUUACCCAAUUUGUGGUGUCCCCCGCUGUGAUAUUGCUGGAAUAUUGCUAAAAGCGGAGUAAAACAAAACUCGCUCUUUAUUUACCCUCUGACUUAUAUACUUGUCUUUGCAAUUUGGGUGAGGUUUUAAAAAAACAUUUAUAUAAAAUAUACACGGGGCAGGUCAUGAUUAAACCUUUUCGGGUCAAAACGUUUGGAAAUGCAUUUUUAGUUUUUGACAUUCCUGUGAUUUUAUGACAAACUACAAGCAGGACAUUAGGUUGGUGUUACUUCUCCUGGGUACAAACAUAAUAUAUCACUCGUAUACCGUACAUCAUAACUUCUUUGUGUGUGUUCCAAUGUAGUUGUAACAUUAUUUCAACAACGAUCGGGGGGCACGGGUGGCCCAGUCGUCUAAGACGCCGCGAUUC